AUGAGGGAUAAUGAAAGGGAGACAUAUCGUAUAGAUAUGAUACUGAUGGAUGAAAAGGGUACCAAGAUUCAAGUUUCUUGCUUGCAUAGGCUAUUUUCAAAGUUUGAGAGGCAUCUUAAUGUUGAUGAAUGCCUUAUCAUUAAACGACCAUCUCUUACUGCGAACACUGCAUCUUUCCAGAUUGUUCCUAACAAUCAGAAACUAUCUUUUUAUUAUCAUACGUUCGUGGAAGUGCAAGAUAUGGGAAGGUCCGCAAAAAUAAAAGAGGGUACGACAGUAGAUUUCAUUGGUUAUGUUGGUGUUUGUUAUAACAUCGAGGAGACUAACAAAAAGGAUGGUAGUAAAGGGAAACGCCUUAAGCUUAAGCUUCAAGAUCUUGAAGAUGUUCAGAUCGAUUUAACUCUUUGGGAUGAUUACGCUAAGGACAUGUAUUCUUACAUGGUUAGUGAAAAGCGUAAAGCACAUGUUGUCGUUGUUGUCCAUUUUGGUUCAGUUAAAACAUACAAAGGCAAAUGGGGAUUUUCUAAUAACUUUGAUGGUUCACGACUUUUCAUUAACGACAAUUUUGAUGACAUGCUAUUGUUCAAGCAAAAGUUUCUUGCAAAACUUUCUGCUUCAACUGAGUCAAGUAGCCAUGCUGGGUCAUAUAUGAUGUGUUCUAUCGAAGAUGAAUUUUUAAAGAAUGAUGUUUUUUCACCAAUUGCUUAUCUUGCAUCAAUCUUAGAGCCAAAGAAAGUUGUUGUUGGAACUAUUGUAGCAAUCGUUUCAGAUAAGAUGUGGUAUUAUGAUGGGUGUAACUAUUGCAAGUCAAAAGUUGAGCAAAAGUUUGAAACCUAUGAUAAGGAUGAUGGAACAAGUGAUGUCAGAGAUCAGAAGUUGUAUCAAUGUUCUAACAAGGAUUGUAAUGGAAAAGAAAGUUUUCCCGCUGCCCAGGUAAAGUGUUUGUUUAAAAUACCGAUUCGCGUUCAAGAUUCAACCGGUACUGUGACGCUUACAUUAUUUGACCACGAGGCGUUGAAGUUUGUUGGGAAAACUGCAAAGGAACUUAUACAAAUUCAGGAUGAGUUAUUGAAGACAAAUGAUUUUCCAAGAGAAUAUCCCGUUGAAUUUGAAGAGUUGGUUAACCUAAAGUGUGCUUUCGUGAUUAAAGUAACUGACUUUAACAUUGUCAAUGCUGUUGAGAAUUAUGGAAUAUCAGUUGUUACGACUGAUGAUGAGAUCUUGGAUAAGCUCAACAAAAAAUUUAAAAUUGACCAACUUAAUGUUUCUGAAUCUUUUGGUAUGAGUCAGUCUGAGUUCCAAACUUCUGGUGCUGAAUGUUUGAAGGAUUCUGAUUCUUACACUGGGGAUAACACCACACCUGUUUCAAAGGAUAUUGUGUGUGAGUUGAAACAAUCAUCUUCUGAUAUGAAGCGUAACCUUGAUGAUGUUUAUUUGAAUGAAGUGGGAUUGGCGUCCUCAGCCAGUAAGCCUCGCAUGUGUGUUGAGAAGAAUUGA